UGACAAUCCCGCAGUCUAAUCCAGAGAGUGAGGAUGCACAGCAGCGGUGACAUGUAUCGAAUGAACAUCGGCUAACUUCUUCUUUCGGCUGUGAUUGACAAAACCCUGCAAACACUUUGUUCCAUAGACAGUUGUUCACCCAGUCCUCAGAGACCAUUUUUAAACCUGAAACCGCUGGGUCGGUCGGUACAGAUUUAAUCCAGACCGGGAUUUCGCAGACGUUACGUUGGGACAAUGGAAUCUAACGUUAUGCCGGACAGUAUCCGCCCUCAGAGGCUGCAGCCAGGCAUUGGAUUCGGUUUAGGACCGACCGGGACCCUCCGCUCCUCUCUCCGGCCCGGGGUUACCGUCCCCAUCGCGCCGCUGUUGCCCUCCCCGGCCUCUCUAGCCGCUUCGUCCGGGCCUCCUCCGCCGCCGCCUCCGCUGCAGCUCCACAGCCUGUACGGCGGUAUCGGAGCGGGGCUGGGGCUGGGGCUGGGGCCGGGGGCUACCGGGCACUGUAACCCGGGGAACCCGGCGGUGCUGAAGGAGGCGGUGGAGGCUGUGGUCCGCAGCUUUGCCAAACACACGCAAGGUUACGGAAGAGUAAACGUGGUGGAAGCUUUACAGGAGUUUUGGCAGAUGAAGCUGACCAGAGGGGCCGACCUGCGUAACGGAGCUCUAGUUGUUUAUGAAAUGGUCCCAUCCAGCAGCCCUCCAUAUGUUUGCUAUGUCAGUCUUCCCGGAGGCAGCUGCUUCGGAAGUUUCCAGUUCUGUCCCACCAAGGCAGAAGCAAGACGCAGCGCUGCCAAGAUUGCCCUAAUGAACUCUGUUUUCAAUGAACAUCCCUCCCGACGCAUCACAGACGACUUCAUUGAGAAAAGUGUCAGUGAGGCCCUGGCAUCCUUCAAUGGAAACAGAGAAGAGGCUGAUAAUCCCAACACAGGAAUUGGGGCAUUUCGCUUCAUGCUUGAGUCCAACAAAGGAAAAUCCAUGCUGGAGUUUCAGGAGCUGAUGACUGUGUUCCAGCUGCUGCACUGGAAUGGGAGUCUCAAAGCCAUGAGAGAACGGCAGUGUUCCCGACAGGAAGUGCUGGCUCACUAUUCCCACCGGGCUCUGGAUGACGACAUGCGCACUCAGAUGGCUGCAGACUGGGUGAACCGAGAACAGAGUGUAGCGAGCACCAUUGCGCGGGAGGUGGCCUCGACGGAGAGAGAACUGGAGGACGCCAGGCUGGCAGGCAGAGAACUGCGUUUUUACAAAGAGAAGAAAGACAUCCUGAUGUUAGCAGUGGGCCAACUCAAUGCAGUCAACACUGCCACACUGCCCUCACACUAAACCUGCCGUCCAUUGUGGAAACAUUUCUUCACACUCCGUAGGAUUCCUGGUAACAGUAUUGAUUGCGUCAUAGAUAUAAAGUUGCUUCAUCUGAACUUUAAGGUUUUGUAUCAUGUUUUUUUUUUCAGGUAAUCAGGCCUUGACGUACAGUGUGCACAUCCGUGCAUACAAUCAACCCUUGCCGCUAUAGCCGUUACUUCUUUGUGCCUCAUGAUUACAGGAUAACAGUGCUUCUUUUGUAAGCAAUUACCUGUAAACUUGUUUGGUAUUCCAACUGACUGGGGUUUACAUGUUCUUUUAUUAUUUUAUAAGUAGACCUACAGAAACACAGACAGCCUUUCAUCAGUGAUUGUAAUGGACAGACACAUGACAAACACAUAUGACACAUCAAACCAAGCACAAUUGAUCAUAUGGAUCAUUGAAGUUUGUUUCUUUCAUGUUUUAGGUGUGUUUACUUGCAUAUAGUGUUUUGGACGGUCAGUAUUUUGGUGGUCGAAUGUAAGAGUCUUAUUAAGAUGGCAAAUAACCUUUGUCCAUUAAUAAUCAGAAUAUUUUGAAAAUAUCCCCACAUAAAAAGCGAGGGGAUUAAAGACCACCUAAUGACUCUUCCAUAAUGGGUUAAUGGAGUAGUUCUGCCUGUUGUAAUGAGAACACAGUGUGAAUAUUUGGAAAUUGCGUCCUCAAAUAAUUCAAGUAAGCAUUGAAACACACUUAUUGGUUCAUGUAAUAAGAUGUGGGUACUUUGCUAAAAUGUAAGCAGGUGACUGAUAGCUCUGACAGCAGCUCAAGUUUUUGAAA